UUUUCCCUUUCCGGUGGACUGUGUUGUUUAGCUAGUUUUCGGCUAAAACAACAAAACUAACCGAGUUACUGGAGUAUUUCGAAACCAACUCCUCAAAUAGAGCCCUGAGCUGUUAAAUGGUUAAUUUAUUUCACCGUCUACCCGUUUAUUUUAGACUUUUCUUUUUUUUCUUUUAUUUUAGGGCACGGAUUUAUUAAGAAUGCUCAGUUGAUCAAAGUUUACAUUUUGAUCAUCAGAUGAGAAAAGUGGAUUUCUUCUACUGAACGUUGAAAUGAGAUAUUUGGAGCCAUGAAACUGUUGCCACCAGACUCAGUGCGGCUGCUGUCCAGCUCCCAAGUCAUCACGUCUGUGGUGAAUGUUGUGAAAGAGCUGCUGGAGAACUCCCUGGAUGCUGGCGCUUCAAGCAUUGAUGUGAAACUGGAGAAUUUUGGCUUGGAUCGGAUAGAGGUGCGUGACAACGGCCAUGGAGUCAAAGCUGCAGAUGCUUCUGUAAUGGCCGUGAGACAUUUCACCUCCAAGAUUUGUAGCCACGAAGAUCUGGAACAUCUGGAAACCUAUGGCUUCAGGGGGGAGGCAUUGGGUUCAAUCUGCGCUGUGGCUGAGCUGAUUGUUACCACAAAAACAGAGGAGGAUGACAUCAGCACCCAGUACACUCUUGACCCCACUGGGAAAAUAGUCGCUCAGAAACCAUCUCAUCUUGGUCAGGGCACAUCAGUGACUGCGCUCAAACUCUUUAAGAACCUUCCAGUAAGAAGGCAGUAUUACACUUCCACAAAGAAGUGCAAAGAAGAACUGAAGAAAGUGCAGGACCUGCUCAUCACCUAUGCUAUCAUAAAACCUGAACUAAGAUUAUCUCUAGUUCAUAAUAAGGUGGUGGUUUGGCAGAAGACCAAGGUCGCUGAUAACAGAAGUGCCCUCCUGGCCACUCUGGGGCCCAGUGUUGUUGCCAACCUGCUUCAGUGCCACCAACAGCAGGAGGAACCCGAGAUCAUCUUGGAUGGUUUUCUUCCUAAGCCAGGAGCUGAUUAUUCAUCUACGAGCUCAUCUGCUCCUGAUAAAACCUUCCUGUAUGUUAAUAACCGACCUGUCCAGCUAAAGGAAAUAAUGAAGCUAUUGCGUCAACACUACUGUGCUCAGUAUCUUGAAGAUGCAGUUCGAAAUAGAUACCCCAUCCUUAUGCUCAACAUCACAGUGUCCCCUUCAUCACUGGAUGUGAAUCUGACACCAGACAAAAGCCAGGUUCUCCUUCAUGAUAAGGAAGCUGUGCUGACAGCAGUAGAGGCCUUGCUGGUCUCCCUCUACGGCUUUCGACCCAGUUCUGACCCAUCAGCUGAGAAACAGCUGAGUCAUGAAAAGGCUGUCCCAUCACUGAGUCCUCUGCAGACAGAUGCUUUACAAGAAGGAAAGGAAGGUGGCGUUGUGAAUGCUCUCAGUCUCAACGUUGAAGAUAACGUCCUUGAUGAUGAACACGAACAUGGUGGCGCAGUUUCAUCUACAGGAAACGCCCAUACUCUAAUAGACCGCCAGCCCUCAAACGGCAGCUCCUCAUCCUCUAUAGCAGAUGACUGGAUUGUCAGUCACAUCCCAACGGAGCCUCAGUCAGACUUUUCCCUUUGUGAAAUUGAAAUGUCAGAAAACAUAUCGGUUGAGAGUCUUACAGAGACUGAAUCACCAGCUGCUGACGCCAGUAAAGACCAAAUACCAGCUGAGGAUUGGAGUCGGGGCACGGCUCUGAUUGAUCCUUCAUCAGGAGAGGCUCUGCAGCCCAUCACAAUUCACCAGCCAUCCAAGCCCAAUCAGUCGGACUUAGCUCAGGUCAAGGGUCAGAGCAGCCCUAACAAAAAGAUGGUUAAUGCUAUAACAGAGAAAGGAGCUGCUCUGACAGCUUAUGACAUGAUCAGCAACCGAACCAUCAGAGGGCCACUGUCUGCUGCUGCCCUGUUCAAGAAGGAGGCCAGAGCAGAAGUUCUUAGGGAGAAACCCACAGCCAGUCUUCAGGAAAUCAGCAUCGCUGUUCACGAGAGGUGGAAAAACCUAAGGGAGGAAGACCGUAAGAAGUAUGAGGAACAGGCGAAGAAACAUCUGGAACACCACAGCCAAAAGACCAAACAAGCAUCAGAGGACCGGUGUAAAGAGCCUGCUGCAAACACGCCGAAGGCGCAAGUGCCGGGUCAGAAACGCAAAGCGCCGCUCUCCAACCAGCAGCUGCUCGACGAGCUCUUUACCGUGCAGCCCCAGAAAAAGCUGAAAAUGCCUGAGUGUAAAGCUACUCAGCCCCUCCCGUGUAGCGUGGCUGCCCUUCGUCUAAAGCUCCAGCGCCUCUCAUCCCAGAGCCAUGCAACGCCACGGGACCUCCAACUUGUAAACCGACUGGCCUCUCAGAAUGCGUGGGUCAUUUUAUGUGGUCAGAAGCUGAUGUUGUUAAACGCAUUUGGUGUGAAUGAAGCCUUGCUGUUUAAGAGACUUCUAGAGGAUAAUAUACUUCCUGCAACCAGUCUGCAAAACCCAGUGCAAUUAACAGAUGGAAAUCUUGGUGGAGCUCAGUACACCGAGACACUGUGUGGCAUGGAGAAACACAAGCCGGAGCUGGAUGGGGGGGUCUUUUUCUCUGAUCUCAGGCUGGUGGCUAAUGGGUUCAAAAUCAAACUCACUGGAGGCCUCAUGUCAGCAGAGAGACAUCUGGAAGUGACGGCAAUGGCAAACUGCGUGCCUUUUCUUGGCGUGGAGGAUCUCAGGGAGAUCCUGACAGCAAUUCUCCACAGGAACGCCUCGACUGUGAAAGAGUGCCGGCCACUCAAAGUCAGAAGCUACCUGCAGAGUGAAGCAGUCCGACUGGCUCGGCAACUGCCUACCAGUUUGUCUCGGGAAGAUGCUGAGGAAACCCUUCAACGGAUGAAACUGCAGCUCAGUGAGGACAACAGAGCAUGUAUCCAUGGACGACCGUUUCUCCAUCACCUCAGUGACAUCCCUUCUACUGAUGAUGAAGCUAUGAGACUUUUUAGACCUUUACAAUUUUAAAGAAAUCGAAACAAAAUAGAUAUUAAAAUAUCUCAUUAAAAAAAAAAAAGACUACAAACUAGGUCUUGAAGUAGUGUGAAUGCAACAGGGUGGCAUGGAUAAACUCUUAAGUAGUUGGGUACAGGCUGCUCUAGUAUCCAGACUUCCUCAGGUAUUCAGGGUUUACAAUACAUUUCUUGUCAUUUUUUCAGAAUUUGCAACCACCAAACAAUAAAAUGUGUUUUUCCACCUGC